GUUUUUGCGUAGCCCCUCCUUCAAUACUCCGUCCCCUUUGACUGUGUCCAAAGUUACAAUGCAGCCACCAGCGGUCGCCUCAUUGAUGCAUGGGCUGGGCUACAUCAGGUUGAACUCUGCCAGCAGCGCCGUACUCAAGAAGUGUCUUCAAAACCGUGACAUCCCGAGACGCCAACGGUCAUAUUUCCGCCAAAACACAAGCUUGGACGUACCGAUGUCUCACAGGCGUGGGAACUUGACUAUCUUGGACUCCUAUUCCCCAGUAUUUGUCGGAUUUCAGAGUCUGGGCAGCUCUGAUGUGUGAAGGGUUGAGGGGAAAGGAGAGCAAAUAUGUGUGCUUUGAACUAACACACCACAAAUUUUGCGUGUAGUGUCACCCUCAUGAAGUGCAUUGGAAUCUUCUGCCGCGUAUUUUUCGGGCACAUGUAGCGCCGUGGUCCAGAUUUAGGUGUGGGAGCCAUGGGGUGGCCCCCAAGGAGGCCGUCUGAAAGGCUCAAACCGAGAAAUUCUGCCGUUUCAGUCCUUCUCUUCCCGGGAGAGCAUUCUGCUAUGCUCCGUCGCUGCCGCGCUUGCCGGCAUUUCUGCAUGACCAUGUUUUUUCUACUCGUUCCCCUAGUGACUACGCGUAAAGUUCCCGCUUCCACUACAUCCACCUUUGUUUCCUUACCCUGUCGUCUGCUAAAAAACAAGACAGGCUUUCACUCAUUUGUUCCACCGCUAUCUAGUAUCCGGCACCUCGCGCGACGUGACGCCCGGUGUCUCCGCCCCUCUUUCUCUGUGUCGUCUGUGCAUCUUGCUCAUUCUUCUCCCCAUGGACAGCUGUUUCGUUCUGGUGACACCCUCGGCGCAGCCGCAAGACGUGGUGAUACAUGUGGUUCCCCGCCUAAAUACACCUCGUUUUUUCGUCGUCACUUUUCGCAUCCAGCCUGCGGUCCUAAGCCAUGCGCGUUCGCUCUUGCACUUCCUCCUCUCUGUAUGUCCCCCCCGAGAUUUUCUCGUCAACGGGACUUGCAGCAACUGCGUCGCCCGAGCAGGCGUCAUCUCUUCUCCUCGCGCUGCACUCCAGAGACAGGCGGAAGAAGUGAGCUGAAGCAUCUGGCGUCUUCCCGGCUUGUCGCGUGGAGUGGGCCAGUGCCCGAGGCGACACAGGCGCCGGAGGACGACAUUCUGGAGCUUGCAGAAUAUGGGGCGAAACAGAGUGCAAGCCAAGCGAAGAGAGAGUUGAGCAGAAGACAUCAGGAAAUCGGCAUCGCAAUCAAGGCAGGAAAUGUCGCAGAGGCCUUCAGACAGCUGCAGAAACACCUCACCUCCAUUGUCUCUGUACAGCACCGCGAACAGACCGGGCACAUUCCUCCCGCGAACAACACAUGGAGCGACAAUGGCGCACAUGCGCGGGCUUCACAGCAUUUGCCUUGGCUUCUUUCCCACCAGGGGCCCUGUCCUCAACUUCCACACUCCCCAUCUUAUGCGGCUUCCUCCGCUGCGUCGUCGCUGGACAGGAAGAACGCCGUCAUGGCGCCCUUCAUCGAGAGUGCGAGUGGAGUCAUCAAUUUGGCGGCGGCCUCUGGGGACUUCCCCGUCGCAUGUCGAGUUCUCCUUCUUCUUGAACGGUUCAACUUGCUUUCCCCGCUUCCGAGUAGCGUCGGAAGCGCGUUUGUGGCUGCUGCGGCGGCGGCUGGAGAGGCAGAAGCAGCCAGCAAAAUGCUGCAGAUCAUGCACACUCAAGGCGUCGAGAUGCGGCGCAAAGCCUUCGGCGCCAUCGUCCGUCUCCUUCUCUCCAGGGGCCAGGGAUUUCUCGUUCUGAAGCGAAGCGGCUUGCUCCGUCUGAUGAAGGAGCAGCGCUGCCUCCCGCUCCCAGCGCAUCUCCUCGCGCUUCUCCUCCAAGACGCCAAUGUGGCUAGCCGUCAGUUAGCGAGAGAACGCUACACCAGUGCUCACCUUGUCUCUUUUUUGGAGGCCGAGAAGACACGAUCGUGGCAGCGGCAAUACAAGGACGAAGCUGGAGAGGGGAGGGAGUUUCUGUCAAGCGAGGGAGCACCGGACGCCCAGCAGGAACUUGAAGAACAGAAUGGCGAGAGCCGACAAAGAGAAAGGGUCCACUGUAUCGACGGGACAGUGCAGUGUUCUAGACACCAGAGCCGCGGCAACAGUGGAGCCCCGCCACCCAUGGCGGCGGCGCUCCACGCGCCUGGGGGCGGUGGAACCCAGCAACACGGAGUGGCGAAUUCAUUCGCCACGGAGCUCAAAGAAGCAGAGCAGCGGUGCCGGGAGGAAGUCCGGAUGAGCGUUGUGCGGCUCCGACAAUUCCUCGAUGCAAGCAGAGAGGUCCUCGAUCUUCUCCACCACGUCACCGAACACGAGGAGCCACUUGCGUCAGGACCGGCGAUCAAUUUCUGCAAUGCCCUCCGGGAUCUCGACCUCCCGGUGGCUCACGUGGGUCACGUUGUUCUUCGCCACGAGGAAGACGACGAGAAUCAACGCGUCACCUCCCCGUCUGCUAUGUUCGUUGUCGAAUCUGGAAACAGGGUUCCUCCGGUACACAGCCCCCCGUCAGCUUCACCUCUGCAGACCAUGGGUGCUGCUGCGCCCGCAUCCUGUGAGAUGUCGGUGAAUUCUUUCAACCAGACUGGUACUUGGCCGGUGGCGUCCUUGAUGGACAGAAGUUUUCGAGAAACUACUGGCGAAUGGAGCGGGGAGUCUUCUCAUGGACAGAGGGUUAAGGCGUUCACGGCCACCACUACGAGUGCGGAUGACUCUGGGUUCUUUCUUGAGGAACGGCCACCCCACACUGGCCCUUCACCCUCGUUGAGGCCAGUAGACGUUUUCUGGUCUGCGCAGUCGGAGGAGGGCUUUCCCGGGUCCGCCUGCGAAGACGAGAAUUCGCACCUCACGAGAGAGAAAGGGCGGGAAAGAAAAGGUUCGGGCCAGCAGCCACGCCGUUAUGGUGUAUGUACUGGUUGCGGAGUGCACUUGAGGCGCAUCCCGUUAGGUGCCAAUGAGCGGCGUCUCCUUCGCGUCGGUGUCCUCAAACUUUCCGCAAUGCUUCAGCCUCGGCAACUCCGGGCUCUCCUCGCUUUCGAAGUCAAUCUCAGUCGCGUCCAGGGGCUCCGUCCCGCUCGUGUGUCUCAGCAGAGGAGUCGAGAGAGACGGCGAGAACCGGUCGAAGAGUGGCUUCACAGGGGUUCCCGGGUAGCAACAGAAGCAGCCGCCGCAGGAACACUGCAGGCGGGGCAGAGGGAUGCAUCGGAGGCAGACAGUGAACGGGAAGUGCCAACUACAGACGGUCCGGAUCCUCCAGAAAGGCCUAGGGAAAGACAAGUAUCUGCGCGGGAGAAUCCAGUUCGCACUGACGUGGGUCCGCCUUCGCUGCUGCGGCCAGGAAAGCCGCGAUUCACCAUUGUUUUGGACGCUGCCAAUAUUGCGUACAAUCGUCAAAACCGGGAAGACGGCAUCUUCAGCUACGCCCAGAUCGAGUGCGUUCGCCGAGAACUCAUCAGUCGUGGCGAAAGGCCUUUGAUUAUUCUGCCCGCUGCGUACUUUUGGGGGGUUCGACAUGUGGCUGCGCCGGAGUCGUCUUACGAGUUCAAGGGACAAAGGCGAUCCACCCUGCCUCCCAAGGCCUUCAACAGCCACGCGAGGGAAUCCUGGUUCCAGCGCCACGUUUUUGAAAUGCAAAGCGCACCGGAGACACCUGGGGGCGCCUCUGGCGAAGACCCCGCGACGUGUAGGCGUGGCCUCUGUCGCUUCUGCAGGGACGAAAUCGUCGUGCCGAAUCGCUGCAAACCGAGCAAGAGAAGGCGGCGAGACUGGCUUGGCAAAGUGGCCACCAACCAGGCUGCGCGUGCUCUUCGGGCACAGAGCACACUCACUGGUGGCGGCGACCCGCUCCUCUUCGGCGUAGGACCCGAGCACGGCUCCGGUAGCAGCGAUCUGGAAGCUUUAGACACUCCAGAGCAUCUGCGAGAGCGCUCUUGGAGGUCGCAUCUCACUCCGUUUCCCUUUCCUGACGAGUUCACAGGACUCGCGAGCUCCGGUGGCACCUGCUCAGCAGAUGGCUACGAGCGAACGGGCGAUUUCCCCCGCAUCCUGACAAACCGGCAACGCGUUACAUGUCAGGACAGGGCUCUGCUGAAUCAGUGGGAGAGGGACGGCUGCCUCUUCGUCUGUGGCUUAGGCGCUCACGACGACCACUACCACCUGCUGGCGUCUCUGAAUUCUCCUCCUGCCACGGAGGGUCUCUGGAGAAGGUGGAGCAGAGUGUCGCCGCUCGCUCAGCCAAGGUGGAACAAGGAAGAAAAACAUCAACGAAAAGGUACAAGAAGUGCGGUUGAGGUAGAAUCAAAGAGAAAUCUUGCGGAUCUCGACAGCGGUGACAAGCACGUCGGGGAGACGGAGAUUUGUGGUUGGCAGUGUCCCUCCGUGGGAGAGGGAAGUGGAACAAGGUCCCCGAACCCCCUCAGUGAAGACUCCGGAUCGGCUGCCAUCGACGGCCAACCCGGAGAGGCAGCAGAUUUCCAACUGGGAAGCCUGCCUGCUGUGCCUGAAGCGGAAAAGACAUCACCUUGGGUUUCCGUCCCUUCAAACAGCGCGCAAGUGCAGUCGGUUGAAGAGAGUGUCCUGAAGAAACAGACUUUCGAGCCGAAGAGUGAAGAAGACAACGGACGUAGGAAAGGGAGAGAAGAGGAACGACACGGGAAGCAACCCGGCCCGGCAGAACGACGCACCUUCCUUGGCUACGUUUGGGACGCAGAUGACAAUGAAGGCGACGCAGACAUCCAGCACUCUGAGAACGAUCCGCUUUUUGACGCUCCUCGCGGCUUCUUCCCUCUCUCUCUGUUGACAAAUGAUCGCUUUCGGGACCAUCGUUUGUCGUCGCAGCAGCGCAUUCCCUUUCGCCACUGGCGACAGCUUGCCCUUCUCCCCUAUGCCUUCCAGUGGGGUCUCAGUCCCCACGGCAGAGAGCUUCGACUGUCGCCGGCUUCCUCGCCCUUCUCACCUCCCUUUGCUGUGAAUGAUCCCUCUUCGCAAGGGCACAACCGGCGAAAGAGAGAACGAACGGCGCGAGAUUCCCGAGAGCGAAGCGACUUACCGGGAAGAAGUUCAGGGAAGAGAAGGCGGGGAGGUUUCCCGCAGGAACGGACAGAUGCGGGUUCGGAGGGUGUCCACAACUUCUUGGAUCCCGCGCAAGUAAAACGGCGAGAGAACCUGGUGAGCGACGCCUCGCUUACCGCUGGACGUCUCGACUACGGCGAGAGCGACCCGUUUCCGUCUUCACUAGGUGCUCCCCUCGACACUUUUCCGCCAGGGACCGUGCCAGCAGUCGCUAACGGAUCCGAGCAAGCAGAGACGCCUGGCCAAGUUCCUCGAGUUGAGGGAGAGAAGGAGCAUAUGGACAGCUUCACAUGCGACGGAGACGUUUCUAGCACAACUGUCUUUCUUUCUACCCCCCGGUCCCCGACGGCAAAAAGCGCGGCACCAGCGGCCGCUGCGGUCUCCCAGAAUCUUUUACAUGAUUAUGGACUUCCCUCAAGAAAUGUCGGUCGACGCGCUGUGUCUCCGAGUUCGCUCCUCGUCGUUGACCCUCAUGCAUCAUCUGUCGAAUCUUCAAAGUCUGAAGGCGUACCGCGAAGACUGGAGGCAGCGCCUUUCUUCGCGGACCAGGGUUUCCGAGACAAUGCCGGGACCCUUCCCCAGUCUCCGUGGAUGUACGAAGAAAAGGGUCAUCUUCGGUCAUAUCCUGACGAGGAAAGGACCGCGUCUUUUCAGCAGAUUUCUCAGAGCUUCCCCCUGUUGUUUGUAGGCAUGACGAAGCACGUCACACAGCGCAUGCAAGUUUUCCCUCAGGUGGCGCGGCCUCCGCUCCCUUCUCCUCAACGAGGAGAGACUAGCGGCCUAGCAUCACGCAACAGUGGAGGGAACGACAGGCAGGAUGGCGACUCGUCCUCGAGCUUCUCUCGGAUCACAGAGCUCCUGCAGGAGCACCGCCGGCAGACAACAGCAGGAAUAUCGAUCCAGUCUCUGGGUAGCUCAGAAGACGGCCUUGUCUCUGGAAAAAGACCCUCCACCGACCACACACACACCGGCACAGGGUUGAGAGAGCGGGAGGAGUCUCUUGUCUGGCAUGUGCCUUUGCGGGAAGAAGACGAGGGGGAAGGCAUCCCCGAUUUUGCUGAAGGCUCCGUAAGCUUUCGCUCCCGGAAACGAGACGAGGAGGGGAUCGCGACUAGUCCAGACCCGGUGGGAGAGGGACCCUCGGUGCACAGACGCAAGAGCGACACGGAAACAGAGAGGGGCGCUUUCCCCUCCUUUCAAGGGACAAGCCGGUUGGGAGGCGCAGCAGGCGGCCAAAAGGGAGAAGCGAAUUUUCCGGACACAGUGCAUGCAGUCGAGUGGCGUCAUCAGGAAGCUCUUGAGCGAAGCAGAACUUGGCUCGGCAUUGACCUAACGCAGGUGCACCAACUGCUUCGAGAGCGGGAGGAAUUCCUUGCGAACAACUAACGGCAGGAUUCAACCGGUGAUGCGUAGCGCGGUGUUUCUCCAUAGGCUGAUAUCUCAGGUAUUUUGUCUCAAAACACUUCUCUUCACGAGCCUAAGCUACUGCGUCAGUGACUUCGACGCAGAACUGAAACCGUAGACUAAGAACGAACCGAAAAUCACCGUGGUGGCGCUCUGAUACUCUCAGCAGUCCUACAUCUGCCGGCGGGAUGCGUUCCCAAUUCGUUCUUUGCAAUUUUAUUCUUCACAAAUGCCUUUGUGCGUGUGGAAAAGGGGGAACAUCACCUUCUUCCGUACUGUCUCUCGAGUCUCAUUGUGCCUAUGUGGAACACGCCGAAGCACACUUAGUUGGCAUUCAGGUAAUCAAUUUGGCAAUCUUCUUUCGAGACCGGGAAGAGGUUGACUGCAUGCGGUUUGAUGUAGAUCGUACACUGAGACACCUAUUGCGCCGCAGAGCAGGACGACACGGAUAGCCAGACUCACCCAGCCAUGACUGCCAUACCUUCCGCGUGUUUCCCGAGGUAUCUGUCGGUGCAAACGCAUAUAUGUGUGUGCCUUUUGUGACGAUUCGCGUGUUGUAGACAUACGUUGAAGCUGUGGUAAUUUAUGUGUAUGUACGCACACAUCUCAACUGGGUGUGUGUAGGUUUGUACACACGGAUGGAUGUCGCAUGUCUAUACAUAAGUGUGCGUGAAGUUUGUAAGGUAUACAACUUUGUCUUGUACAUGCUAUGCCACAGGAAAGUCUGUGAACAUUUACCCCUUCCGAGAGGGCUAUUGUCGUGCCCCUUGGUCUCCCCUCUUGACUUUGUUGUCUGUCGUCCCCACUUUGAGACAAGGCUCGG